CUAUCUCUCAAUCCACGCGGUCAUCCUCGGUGAUUCUACGUCCCCGUCUCGCUCAGUCACGACUGCUGCUGUUGUUGAUGGUCGUGGUGGUCGAGGUGGUUGGAGGGAUUGAGUCAGCAGGUCCAGGGCACGUGCAGAGAAAUUCCUGAGUGAACAGGGCAGAUAUAGAGGGGUCUACACGGGUCGAGAGAGGGCCUACACAGGUCAAGAGACGUCUAGUGUAGAGACGUCUAGUGUAGAGGUCUAGUGUAGAGGUCUAGUGUGUAGAGGUCUAGUGUGUGUAGAGGUCUAGUGUAGAGGUCUAGUGUAGACGUCUAGUGUAGAGGUCUAGUGUGUGUAGAGGUCUAGUGUAGGGGUCUAGUGUGGGGGUCUAGUGUGUGUAGGGGUCUAGUGUGUAGAGAGUUCUAGUGUGUAGAGAGUUAUAGUGUGUAGAGGUCUAGUGUAGAGGUCUAGUGUAGAGGUCUAGUGUGUAGAGGGUCCCCAGCAGGAUGCGCUUCACGGCGAGGGUGCGAGGUGAGUGGUUGGCCGUCCCGGGCCGCGCCUCGGACUCCGUCUACUCGCUGGGGCUGGAGGCGCUCAAGCGGUACGUGAAGAACAAGCCGGACCACGGCGGCCUGGGGGCCCUGCCAGAGGUUCGCUUCUCCGUGAGGAGGUGCCAGGGACUGGGCCUCCUGGACCCAGAUGACCUCCUGGAGGACGUCCUGCAGGACAACGACUUCGUGGAGCUGGCCCUGGAGGGAGACGCCAUGUCAGAGGACUUCUCUCCCUCGCAGCCCGAGAGGCUCCAGCCCUGGAACAUCACUUACAAGGAGCCAGAAGAGUUCCUGAGCUUGGAUGGCAAUAGUUUGAGCACUCGGGAGCUUCUGCGUCUGGGCAAAAGCCAGUACAAGAUCAAGCUCACGGAUGAGGCCCAGGUCAGGAUCAGGAAAUCGCGGGAGCUGCUGGAGACGAUCAUCCAGGAGAACAAAGUGGUUUACGGAAUCACGACGGGAUUUGGCAAGUUCGCCCGCACGGUCAUCCCAAGCAACAAGCUCAAGGAGCUGCAGGAGAACCUCAUCCGCUCGCACGCAGCAGGGGUGGGGAAGCCCCUCCUGCCGGAGCGGACCCGCAUGCUGCUCGCACUGCGCAUCAACGUCCUGGCCAAGGGCUACAGCGGCAUCUCCCCAGACUCCAUCAACCGCAUGAUCAGCGCAUUCAACGCGUCGUGUCUGCCCUACGUCCCGGAGAAGGGCACGGUGGGGGCGAGCGGGGACCUGGCCCCCCUGGCGCACCUGGCGCUCGGCCUCAUGGGAGAGGGGAAGAUGUGGUCGCCCAGGAGCGGUUGGGCCGAUGCGAAAUACGUGCUGCAAGCUCAUGGACUUUCUCCGAUAUCGUUCCGCCCCAAGGAGGGCCUUGCCCUGAUCAACGGGACCCAGAUGAUCACGGCGCUGGGGGCGGAGGCCGUGGAACGGGCGGCCUCCAUCGCCCGGCAGGCGGACGUGAUCGCGGCGCUCACGCUGGAGGUGCUCAAGGGCACCACCAACGCGUUCGACAGCGACAUCCACGAGCUGCGUCCUCACCCGGGGCAGAAGGAGGUGGCUUUCCGCUUCCUCCUGCUUGACUCGGACCACCACCCGUCCCAGAUCGCCGAGAGCCACAGGUUCUGUGACCGGGUCCAGGACGCGUACACGCUGCGCUGCUGCCCGCAGGUGCACGGCAUCGUGAAUGACACCAUCAGCUUUGUGCAGAAAGUCAUCCAGACGGAGAUGAACAGCGCGACCGACAACCCCAUGGUGUUUUACGAGCGAGGUGAGACCAUCUCUGGGGGCAACUUCCACGGAGAAUACCCUGCGAAGGUGCUGGACUACUUGGCGAUCGGAGUGCACGAGUUGGCGGCCAUCAGCGAGCGGAGGAUCGAGCGCCUGUGCAACCCGUCCCUGAGCGAGCUGCCUGCGUUCCUCGUGAACGAAGGAGGCCUCAACUCGGGCUUCAUGAUCGCGCACUGCACCGCCGCCUCGCUCGUGUCGGAGAACAAGUGCCUGUGCCACCCUUCCUCCGUCGACUCCCUCUCCACCAGCGCGGCCACCGAGGACCACGUGUCCAUGGGCGGCUGGGCGGCGCGCAAGGCCCUGCGCGUCAUCGAGCACGUGGAGCAGGUGUUGGCCAUAGAGCUGCUGGCCGCGUGCCAGGGCAUCGAGUUCCUGCGGCCUCUGUGCACAACCACCCCACUGGAAAAAGUCUACGACCUGGUCCGCAGCACCGUCAGGCCCUGGAUAAAGGACCGCUUCAUGGCCCCGGACAUAGAGGCGGUGCACCGGAUGCUCGUGGAGGAGAAGGUGUGGCAGGUGGCCGAGCCGUACAUCAACUGCUACCGGCUCAAGGACCUGCCCGAGUCGAGGCCCGAUUCGCCGACGGCGUGCUCGCUCAGCUCGCCCUCUUCGCCGAGCAAACGUCGCCGUAGCUGCGAUUAGGCGGAGGCAGGAGCUCGCCGCGUCUGCUGGCGGUCAUUCUAAAGCGCUACGAUAACGAUAGCUAACGCAGCCUGCGUUUAGCCGCUAAAAGCCUCGCCGAGUCUCCCAACUCUUUGUAAGGAGGGAUCCGCGUUUUGAUAUUCGGCAAUCACGUGGGCGAGCUUUUUUGGCUGAAUCCGGGAGGAAUGCAGUGCCUGGAGAAAGCCGACCGUGUAUAAGGGGCUGACACUCAACAAAAACUCAACACUGAUUACAUUGAUUGCUGUCCUGCCAACCUCUGGAGACCUCGAAGCACACAGCAGCAUACUCACUCUACUCUCACAGCAGCACACAGCAGCACACACACUCUGCUCUCACAGCAGCACACAGCAGCACACUCUGCUCUCACAGCAGCACACAGCAGCAUACU